AUGGGCCAAGACUCCAUCUACCUCCAGGUCGUAUCUGGCGACCCUACCGAGCCGCAACACAAGAACGCGGCACGAGUUCUUCGACUGCUCAACCGGGGAAAGCAUUGGGUUCUAGUCACCCUACUACUUGCCAACGUCAUUGUCAACGAAUCGCUCCCCGUGGUACUGGACCGCUUCUUGGGCGGCGGUGUUGCCGCUGUCGUAGGCAGCACAAUCCUUAUCGUCAUUUUUGGCGAAAUCGUGCCUCAGUCAGUGUGUGUGCGAUUUGGCCUGCCGAUUGGCGGAACAAUGUCGACGCCUGUCUUGAUUCUCAUGUACCUCUUGGGUCCGAUCGCUUGGCCGACCGCGAAGCUUCUCGAUUGGAUUCUCGGAGAGGAUCACGGCACAGUAUACAAAAAGAGUGGCCUCAAGACGCUUGUGACCUUGCACAAGUCUCUUGGCGAAGUGUCGGAGCGAUUGAACCAAGAUGAGGUCACCAUCAUCACUGCCGUUCUGGAUCUCAAGGACAAGCCCGUGUCGGAAGUUAUGACUCCCAUGGACGACGUUUUUACGCUUGCGGAAGACCAUAUCUUGGAUGAGGAUACCAUGGAUACAAUUCUGUCUUCCGGAUAUUCGAGAAUUCCCAUCUACCGUGCAGGCAACCCGACCGAUUUCGUGGGAAUGCUUCUUGUCAAGACCCUCAUUACGUAUGAUCCCGAAGAUCGUAUCCCGGUUAGGGACGUCCAAUUGGGGGCUGUUGUAGAAACACGGCCUGAGACGAGCUGCCUGGAUAUUAUCAACUUCUUCCAAGAGGGAAAAUCCCACAUGGUGCUGGUCUCUGAAUUCCCUGGGUCUAACCACGGUGCUCUUGGUGUGGUUACCUUGGAGGAUGUUAUUGAGGAGCUUAUCGGAGAGGAAAUUGUCGACGAAUCAGAUGUCUACGUCGACGUACACAAGGCUAUCCGACGUCUGACUCCUGCUCCCCGGGUGCACCGUAGGCACAGUGACAAUCCAGGCGCGGGAGUAGCGGUAAGGAAGACGCCAGACAUUGUGGCUAAUAACCACAAAAAUGUGGAAGGUCAGACCCAUGAAGUCGGCUCCUAUAAGAGUGACUCAGGCCACCUUGAGCGCCCUCCCAAGACAGCUGUGUUCAUGAAACGCCAACACUCAGUAGGUCCUGACGGCCGCAUCGGAAAGAACCCGGUGCCUGUUAAAGCUUCGCUCGAUGAGAUGCGACAGCAACUCCGGCUCGGUCCUGCGAACCGCGCGGCGAAUCCACUGAGCAGCACAAGAGGAAGUGUAUUCAAGAUUAAGCAAGGCCUAGGUACGACGGUAGUGACUACAACCACAACCGAGACUGCGAAGCCGGCCAACGGCGAAGCAGAGGGCGCAGAUGAGCACACCGAAACGACGCCGCUAUUAGGAAAAGACCAGAAUGGAACCAGAUAG